GCAUCUUCUCUUCUUCAUUACCGCUGACCGAUUCACGUGUAGUGAAAGAACCUCUCCGUAGCAAAGAAAAAUAAUUUUUAUUUGAAAUACCCUCUAACUUCGCAAAAAGACAAUUACUUUUUGAAAGCAUCGUUUACGAGAUAUUCUUACAAAAUGGGAAUCCUCGAGAAAAUUAGCGAAAUUGAAAAGGAGAUCGCCAGAACUCAGAAAAACAAGGCGACAGAGUACCAUCUCGGUCUGCUGAAAGCCAAGCUGGCAAAGUAUAGAGCACAGCUACUAGAGCCCGCGAAGGGCUCAAGCUCAGCUAAAGGCGACGGAUUUGAUGUGAUGAAGUCGGGAGAUGCUCGUGUCGCGUUGAUUGGAUUCCCUUCUGUCGGCAAAUCCACGCUGCUGACUAAACUAACCCAAACCCAGAGUGCCUGCGCGUCUUACGAAUUCACCACACUAACCUGUAUUCCCGGGGUAAUUAACUACAACGGGGCAAACAUCCAGUUACUUGAUUUACCUGGUAUCAUUGAGGGUGCGGCGCAAGGCAAGGGGCGUGGUAGACAGGUGAUCGCUGUGGCGCGCACAGCAGAUCUGGUGUUGAUGAUGUUAGAUGCGUCGAAGGGGGAAAUUCAGAAAAAGCUUCUGGAAAAGGAACUGGAGAGUUGUGGGAUUCGUUUGAAUACCAAGAAGCCAGAGAUCUACUUUAAGAUCAAGAAAGGUGGAGGUUUAAAGUUCAAUUCAACCUGUAAACUCACCCAUGUGGACGAAAAGCUGGUUCAGCUCAUUUUGCACGAGUACAAGAUCUUCAACGCUGAGGUUUUGUUCAGAGAUGAUUACACAGCAGACCAACUGAUUGAUGUGAUUAGUGGAAACAGAGUCUAUCUGCCAUGCCUGUAUGUCUAUAACAAGGUCGACUGCAUCUCACUUGAAGAGGUGGAUCGUCUCGCACGUUUGCCAGACUCUGUUGUUGCUAGCUGUGAGAUGGAACUCAAUUUAGACUACCUUUUGUACCAGAUAUGGGAGUACCUCGCAUUGAUCAGAGUUUAUACAAAGAAACGAGGUGAGCCUCCAGACUUUGUCGAUGGUCUUAUCCUACGCAGAGGAGCCACGGUGGAACAUGUUUGCCAUGUUAUCCACAGAUCUAUUGUUGAACACUUCAAGUAUGCACUUGUUUGGGGUACAAGCACAAAGUACAGUCCACAGCGUGUAGGAAUCAACCACAUCAUGAAUGAUGAUGAUGUCAUCCAAGUUAUGAAAAAAUAAGACAUUCCAUUGAAAACAUUCAUUUCUGUUCAAGGAAUUUAUUUGCAUUAUAUUGGCUAGAGACUUGGUCUACUAAACAAUAUCAAUCAUCAAUUUCUGGAUUUUGAAGUUAUAUUGAUUACCAUAUUUUGCAAUACAAUCAUAUAUUCAAGAUUUUUUUUGCAUUAUAUGGUCCUCUACAAUAUCAUUCCUCAAUUUCUCGAUUUUAAAGUUAUUAUUGAUUAGCAUACUCUGCAAUACAACCAAAUAGCCCCUACUCUUAAAAAAGCUUCAACCGUGAGUACUACGUUGAUAGCUGAUGUCAUGACGGGCCUUGAACUAUACUAGAGUAUCAACUUACAUAGAGUAUAUUUUGGAUUGUUGGUUUAAUAGUAUAUAAGGAAGAAUUUCAACAUUGUUUGGUUGCUGGGGCACCAUUGACUCAUAGAGGUUAGCAAUAAUCUGGCUCUAGUGCUAGCUAGCAUGAAAGUUACCAGUGCAUCAGUAACCAUACAAUAUUGUAUACCAUGCUCUUCUGACUUUUAAUCAACAAAUGUAUUUAUACCUAAGGGAGAAUUACUAUUUCUUAUCAGAAAACCUUUUACAAAAUCAUGCUUUUGCUUCCUACAGUAAAAAUUGUUUCAACACAUAAAUUCCCUAAAAUUCAUUUCUAAUAAAAAGUAUAUUUUGAA